AAAAUAAGCUCAUCAAACCAGCAAAAAACAAUGGCCGACAUCAAGCCACCAUUCACCGAAGAAUCAGCUCGCAAGAAGGUUAAAGCGGCCCAGAACCUGUGGAAUUCCCAAGACCCCGUCCGAGUCGCGCAGGCCUACACCCCGACCUGUAUCUGGCGCAACCGCACCUCAUUCUUCGCCGGAACCGAGGGCAUCGUCGAGUUCCUGACCGCGAAGUGGAAGCGCGAGCGGAGGUAUCGUCUGCGGAAGGAGCUGUUCGCGUUCACGGACGACCGGAUCGCCGUGCAGUUCUGGUACGAGUUCCAGGACGCGGACGAUGGGCUGCGCUGGAAGCGCUGCUACGGGCUGGAGGACUGGACUUUCGACCGCGAGACGGGGAAGAUGCGUAAGCGGAUGAUGAGUGGGAAUGAUGUCUUGAUUGGACCCGAUGGGAAUGGGGAGGGGAGGUGGUUUGUGGAUGGGGUGGAUGUUGACGAGGCGGAGAUUGGGGAGGAGCAUUGGUAGUGAUGAG